AACGUGUUUGGACGUGGAAAGACCGGCGGCAAAGCCAGAGCCAAGGCAAAGAGCCGCUCCUCCCGGGCAGGACUGCAGUUCCCGGUCGGUCGUGUCCACAGGCUGCUGAGGAAGGGCCGCUACGCGGAGCGUGUGGGUGCCGGCGCUCCCGUCUACCUGGCGGCUGUGCUGGAGUACCUGACCGCUGAGAUCCUGGAGCUGGCUGGAAACGCCGCCAGAGACAACAAGAAGACCCGCAUCAUCCCCCGUCACCUGCAGCUGGCUGUCCGCAACGACGAGGAGCUCAACAAGCUGCUGGGCGGAGUGACCAUCGCUCAGGGCGGCGUGCUGCCCAACAUCCAGGCUGUGCUGCUGCCCAAGAAGACCGAGAAGGUCGCCAAGUCCAAGUAAAGCCGAGGACCCGCUGAACGACACCAAGGCUCUUUUCAGAGCCACACACUGUCCUCUGUAAACAGCAAACAUCCUCAUGUGUCCCCAAACACUUCAACACUCACUACAACAUCCAGACCAUCAUCUGUCAUUUUACACUUAUUGAAAAAAUGAAAUGUUUAAUUAGUUUCAGGUCUACUACUAAACUGUCUGCUACCAUUUUAAUGUACAUUUCAUUUAUAAAUCUAAAGGCACUGACAAGCAGAGGAAGAACUUGAUGCUUCUGAAACCACCCCACUAACAAAAUGAAAUUCUACUUGGAACAAAAUAAAGUGUUUCCUGUUAGCACAAAGUUCACUCAGUUUAUAGAAGCAGCAACAAGCUAAUGUUAGCAUCAGCUAAUCAUUCACCACUAAAACACAAACUCACCUUGAAGCUCAUAUUUUCACUCCUAAAGUAAAUGAAGGAGAAUGUGGACAGUAAAAAACAGCAGACAGACGCAUCA